AUGUCAGAUUCAUUAAAAAAAGGCGCCCAGGAAAUUAUCCCGCCGAUGAUGGAGUUCUACAAGCAGAACCAGACGGAGGGGAUUCCGGGAAAGCUGACGGACACCUGGUAUAUCGCCGGAAGUAUGUUCAUGACGUUGAUUCAAUACUGGCAAGCAUCGGGCGACGACAGCCAGAACUCGGUGGUGUCGCAUGAUCUCAUGUUCCAAGCGGGCGAAAAUUAUGACUUUUUCUCUCAAAACUACAGUCAAUGGCUGGGUAACGACGAUCAAAUGUUCUGGGGUCUGGCAGCUAUCACGGCGUCUGAGGCCGGAUUCCCCGAGCGUGAGGGGAAACCCUCGUGGACCUCCCUCGCGCGUGCGGUCUUCAACGAGCAGGUCGAGCGCUGGGACGGUCAAACCUGUGGGGGUGGUAUGCGCUGGCAGGUCUGGCCCUACCAAGCUGGAUAUCAGUUAAAGAACGCCAUCUCCAACGGCGGUCUGUUCGAAUUAGCCGCGCGGUUGGCUCGAUUUACCAAAAAUGAGACCUAUACCGAAUGGGCCGAGAAGAUUUGGGACUGGUCGGCCAAGUCGGGGCUGAUGGACGUCAACAAGUGGACAAUCUAUGAUUCGGUCAACAACGACGAUCAGUGCAAGAGUCCCGACAAUCUCCAGUGGACCUACAACUAUGGGACCUAUUUGUCGGGCGCGGCCUUCCUGUACAAUUACACCAACGGGGAGGAAAAAUGGCUGAAUCGGGUCAACGGUCUGCUGGGUACGACUCUCAAGGUCUUCUUCCCGGACAAAUUCGGCGGCAAUACCAUGUCCGAAGUCGCAUGCGAGCCCAUCAUGUCCUGCGACCGAAACCAGAUCGGUUUCAAGGGCUACCUAUCCAUGUGGUUGGCUUUCACCUCCAUCCUUGUGCCGUCGACCAAGGAUCAGAUCGCCCCAAAGCUGCAAGGGUCGGUUGAAUCCAUCUCCAAGAUGUGCAACGGCCAAUCCGACGGCCAGAGCAAUCUGUGCGGUCUCACCUGGGGCGCUAACCAGUUCGACGGAGUCAAGGGCCUCGAAGCCCAAAUGUCGGCCCUGGGCGGUGUCACGGCCAAUCUGAUGCUGAUGGCAACCGACUCCCCCAACACGAUCGAUACGAACCCGGACGCGAAGGAACACAACGUGCCUUCCGCGGGAGGGGAGAAGGAUCCCUCGGAGCCGAAGCCAAUUACCACGGCGGAUCGAGCGGGCGCUUGGAUCCUGAUGGUGAUGAUGAUUGCCGGAAUCACGGGCUCGGUCGGCUGGCUCGUCAAGCCUUGA